CCAGAAUGCUAUAAAAAGAGCAUAGCACAGGCAAGCAGGGCUCUCUGUCUUUCACAGAGUGUGUGAACAACAGGAAAAAGGGCUGUGUUUGGUGGGUUUAGUCUGGAAAAUUCUGUAGUAAAACCCAAAUUUGUUCAAAAUGGCUGCUGCUCAUCGUUUAGUGAUUGUACGCCACGGCGAGAGCUCCUGGAACCAAGAGAACCGUUUCUGUGGCUGGUUUGAUGCAGAUCUCAGUGAAAAGGGUCUGGAGGAAGCAAAGCGAGGUGCUCAAGCCAUCAAAGAUGCAGGCAUGAAGUUUGAUGUGUGCUACACUUCCGUUUUGAAGCGCGCUAUCAAGACUCUGUGGACCAUCAUGGAGGUCACAGACCAGAUGUGGCUGCCUGUAGUGCGCACCUGGCGUCUGAAUGAACGGCACUACGGUGGUCUGACUGGUCUGAACAAGGCAGAGACGGCAGCCAAGCACGGAGAGGAGCAGGUCAAGAUCUGGCGCCGAUCAUUUGAUAUUCCCCCUCCUCCUAUGGAUAAGGACCAUUCAUAUCACAAGAUCAUCAGUGAGUCAAGACGAUACAAGGGUCUGAAAGAGGGCGAGCUUCCCAUCUGCGAGAGUUUGAAGGACACCAUCGCUCGUGCACUGCCUUUCUGGAAUGAGGUUAUUGUACCUGAGAUCAAGGCCGGCAAAAACGUUAUAAUCGCAGCUCAUGGCAACAGCCUCCGUGGCAUCGUCAAGCACUUAGAAAGUAUGUCAGACGCAGCCAUCAUGGAGCUGAACCUGCCCACAGGCAUUCCCAUCGUCUAUGAGCUGGACAAGGACCUGAAGCCCAUCAAACCCAUGCAGUUCCUGGGAGACGAGGAAACGGUGCGCAGAGCCAUGGAGGCUGUGGCCGCCCAGGGCAAGGUCAAAAAGUGAAGAGCUGACACAAACCCAGAGACUGAAAUACCCACAACCCUAAAAGAAAAUAGGUCGCACUAUUGGAUCCAAGUCAGUUUAAAGACCAUCAAAUGAAUGAAAGUGAACACAUGACAUGGAUGCGACCGUCACCCCUCCCCCCCAAACAUUCUCACAUUUCAUCCCCAUUUGUAAACCCCCUUGUGUUGGACUACCCCACACUGACACCACAAAUAAAAGUGAGAACCACUUUGUGUAC